AUGACGCUCUCUUCAACGACAUCUUUUUCUGAGAACAAUGACACUACUGAAGAAGUUCCAACAUUUCUUGGCUUCAAAGGAGAAACCCUCAACAAGACAAUCACAACUGUGUGCGGUGUAGGGUUUCUUUUAUUUGGUUAUGACCAAGGUGUUAUGGGAUCUCUUUUGACUUUGCAACCAUUUAGAGAUUCAUUCAAAGAUAUUGAUACCCACAGAAACCCCGGGAACUCGACUUUACAAGGUGCAGUGAUUGCCAUAUACGAAGUUGGGUGUUUGCUUUCAGCAUUAUCAACCAUUUAUAUUGGUGACCGCUUUGGACGGUUAAAAUUGAUUUUCUUGGGAUGUUUGAUUAUGAUUAUUGGAGGAGUGUUGCAGGCAGCAGCUUCUGGUGUCCCAUUCUUGAUAGUUGCGAGAAUUAUUUCAGGAUUGGGUAAUGGUCUUCUCACAUCAACUGUUCCCUUAUAUGCUGCUGAAUGCUCCAAAGCACAAAGCAGAGGCCGCUUGCUCUGUAUCCACGGAUCAUUGAUCACCCUUGGUAUCACAAUCUCCUACUGGAUGGACUUCGCCUUUUACUUUACUAGGGAUCAGGGUUCCAUUUCUUGGAGAUUCCCAGUUGCCUUCCAACUCGUGUUUCCCUUGGCUAUCAUAGGCUUUAUUUUUAAGUUGCCUGAAUCGCCUAGAUGGUUGAUGGGAAAAUCGCGUGUCGAAGAAGCUAGAAAGGUUUUUGCAUCUCUUUACAGUUUACCCGAAUCGCACCCCAUUGUUGAAGAGCAAAUUAUGGAAAUUCAACGGAGCUUGGACAUGGAAAUUAAGGCUGGUGGAAACAAGUUCAAUGCUAAGGCCUUGUUCAGACAAGGAGAAAAGAAAAACUUUCAAAGAGUGAACUUGGCAGGAUGGUCUCAGGUCAUGCAACAAAUAUGUGGAAUCAACUUAAUCACAUAUUAUGCUGGUACAAUCUUCGAGAAUAAUAUUGGAAUGACACCAUUUCAAUCUAGAGUUUUAGCUGCAUGCAAUGGAACUGAAUACUUUUUGGCUUCUCUCAUUCCCAUCUUUAUUAUUGAAAAAGUGGGUAGAAGACCCCUUUUCAUCAUUGGUUCUACCGGUCAAUUCUUGACCAUGCUCUUUUUGUUUGUUUCCAUGGAAAUGGAUGAGAAAGGUCACAAUGGUGCCGCAAUUGGCGCAGCCGUUCUAUUGUUUGUCUUCAACACAUUCUUUGCUAUUUCUCUUUUGUCACUCACUUGGUUGUAUCCACCAGAGAUUUCCUCUCUUGAGGUAAGAGCACCGACUGCAGCAAUCUCCACCGCAUGCAACUGGGGCUUCAAUUUCAUGGUUGUGAUGAUUACCCCGGUUUGUUUUGAAAGGAUCAAGCACCACACCUACUUGAUUUUUGCCGGAAUCAACUUCUUGAUGAUCCCAGUGUUCUACUUUUUGUAUCCAGAAACCAAGGGCCGCACCUUGGAAGAGAUGGAUCUCAUUUUUGCAGCUACACCUUCCAAUAAGCCAUGGAAGUCUGUCAGUAUUGCUAGAGAUAUGCCUUUCGCUCACAGUGGCUCUGAGGAAGAUUGGAGACAAUACAAGCAAAGUGCUUUUGUUGAAUUUGUUGAAGACGCUACAGAUACCUUAGAAAAGCCUGAGGAGUCAAGGCAUGAACAUGUAUAG